AUGAAGUUCGACGAGAAUCAAGGGUUGGCAGGAGAGAUUUUUCUCCGUCUCCACGACGAAUGCCAGACAACCAACGACGAGCUUAAGAGAAUUCUCGACAGGCUCAAGGCUCGAGGAUCCACCAAGAUCGCGCUGGCUGCGGAUGGCUUAAAGGUUGCGUUCCGACAAGUCGCAGCCGCUGGUGAUAUUGAGAAGCUGGCACAUCGUUUGGAUAGAAUCCGCCAACAGAUAAACGUGGGUCUGCUGCAUACAUUGGUGGAUGAAGCUGGGAAAAAUGGCGUAGAGUUGCGCCAGUGCGCGAGGCAACAAGCGGACAUAAUUGCCGCUCUGGAUCAGAUUGACAGCACCACUAAGAAAUUAUGUACGGAUAUCAUUGACUUUAUCGACGGAAUGCCCAAGUACAACCGGAUAGAGACCGAUGAGAUGGUGCGUUACGUGCUCAGCGAUAAGUGGGAAGCCAGCGAGUAUGCAAAGAAGUCCGAGUUUGAUAAGAGCCGGGACAAGGAGAAGCUCCAAAAAUUACGCCAGAGUCUAUACUUUGAGUCGAUAAGCCAUCGAGAAACAAGCAUUCCUAAGCGACACUCGGCAACUUUUGAAUGGAUAUUCCAAGAACCACGGACAUCAGAAGAUGGCCAUGCUCUCUGGUCGGCCUUUCCACUGUGGUUGCGGGGAGAGUCCUCGGAUAUUUAUUGGAUUACAGGCAAACCAGGUGCGGGAAAGUCCACAUUGGUCAAAUUCGUCUCGCAGGACCGGAGGUUUGAAACUCUGUUGAAAGAGUGGGCAGCUGAGUCUCAGCUCCUUAUUGCUCGCUUCUUCUCUUGGACGUCAGGAGGGAACAAACUCCAAAAGUCCCAAGAGGGUCUUUUCAGAACACUCCUUUUUGAGGCCAUCCAGCAGAGGCCUCAACUUGCCAUUGAAAUCUUCCCUGCGCGAUGCAAAAACCCUAUGUUACAACUCGAGAAAUUAACCCGAGAAGACAUCAAGGCAUUUGUCAAGGAGAAGCUUCAGCUCAGCCCAGGCUACGACGACUUCGCCACCACCAAUUCGCAGGCAGCUUGCAAGAUCAUCACCGACAUUGUAGACAAGUCACAGGGCGUUUUCCUCUGGGUAUCUGUCAUUUCUGGCUUGUUAGAGACCGCGCUCCAGGAAGGGACCAGUAUCUCAGACUUGCAAGCCACCAUUGAUAAUCUCCCGAGUGAGGUUGCCGACUUGUUCCGCUACAUUUGGAACCGAACCAGCAACCAAUUUCGCGCCCAGGCAUCGCAAUAUUUCCGGCUCAUGAGGACUUGUCAGGAUUACAAAACUAAUCUAUUUGCUCUGACUCUGUGGUUCGGUGAUAAGGAUUUUCCCGUUGACUUCAAGACAGCCGAUGCCACAAUCGUAUUUCUGGAAGGCGUCAUCAAAUCCUUGGAGCGAAAACUGAUGAGCCGCACCGGAGGCUUACUAGAGCUUGUGUCUAGCAAUGGCGACCACACCAAGAUACCGAAAGAUGUGCACGUUUACUACAUGCACCGGACAGCAAACGAUUGGGUUAGUGAAAACUGGGAGAGUAUCAGUUCUGCGACAGACCCUGGAUUUGAUCCUUUAUUCUGGUUCGUCAAGGGUGAAGCGCUGAGUGUAGUACUUGCCACAAAGCCA